AUGCGUCGCGCGUUGAUUGCAAAGUGGAAGUAUGGGUUUGUGGAUGGCUCGAUGAAGAAGCCUGCUGCCGAUUUUCCACAAAGGAAGCACUGGAAAGCAGUCAACUCGAUGCUUGUCUCUUGGAUCAGUAAUACGCUAGACGAAUCUUUGCGUUCUACCAUCGAGGAUUAUGACUAUGUUAGCGAGUUAUGGGUACACUUACAACAGCGAUAUUGUGUUGUUAGUGGUACUAGAGUGUGUCAAUUGAAGAACUCUUUGGGUGAGUGCAAGCAAACGUCCACGGAGUCGGUGACGGAAUAUUUUGGACGAUUAUCCAAAAUAUGGACAGAGUUGCUGCAAUAUUCUCGAAUUCCGAAGUGUUCUUGUGGGCAGUGUACGUGUAAUAUUGCGAAGCAAGUAGGUGAUAUUCGGGAUGAAGAUUACUAA